CUUCGGGGCUUUGACACUUCUUCAUCCCUACUAUAUAUGAACCGUUUCCCUUCGUGGUGAUCCCACUCAAUUUCUUGAAGGGGUCUCCUUGUAUACUGCAUCCUUCCCACUGUGUCGGAAAACCCAUCUCUCUGGCUCGGGUUUUUGUGACGACACUGAUUUCCGCCAACCAUAAAUCUGGGCGCUCAUCAUUUUGCUUCACACGACUAUAUGGAAUGAGGGGAUCCGCCACACCAAUUCAUAUCGAUCUGCGACCAAAUAUUCGCCAUUGCAUUCUUGCGCCACUUCAAAUCGUAUAAGGCCGACUAAAGCUCUAUUGCCAUGUCUCCGCAAGACAAUCCUGGACGCCCGGAGGGGGAAAACCCGAGGGCUUGUCUAAAUAUCUGAAGCGCAUGAAGACUGUUUUGCGCCCACGCUCCAGUUCGAAGCGUCAGUCCGUAGCAGCCCCGGAUGUUCCUGCUCCAGCUAGUCAACCAACUGAACCAACCAAGCCAGUCCAGCCUGUCAGCGCUGAGCCCACCAUGCUCACCGACUACAGUGUCCUGCAGCAAGAAAAGGCCCGCGCCCUAUUCAACAAAUACGGCUUUACCCUGGAACCCGGCGAGUGGAAAUCACCCACCGACCUGCAGCUCACCCGAGUUACCAAGCCGAUCCGCAUGCGAGUGCGCCGCACCUGUCACCGCUGCGAAACAACCUUCGGCCCCGACAAAGUAUGCGUCAAUUGCCAACACCCUCGCUGCAAGAAAUGUCCCCGCAACCCGCCGGCACGUGAAAAGGAUCCCAAUGAGUACCCAUCUCUCCCCAAGAGCAAGAACCCGGAAAUUCAAGCCCAAAUUCAAGCCCGCCAGUAUGGCAGACAGCCGUACACGCCGCACCUGCGUCUUACAGGUAACCCUGCCGCACCGCUGGGUAUGCCCUCGCGCUCGGGCGGACAGGAUUUCGUCAAGAAGACAGUGAGACAGCGUGUUCGCAGGACUUGUCAUGCAUGCGAAACAGUCUUUGCGCCUGGCUCGAAGGAGUGUGCUUCUUGUAGCCAUAUUCGGUGCAAGAAGUGUCCUCGUCAGCCGCCUAAGCUGGAUAAGUAUCCUGAUGGGUAUCCCGGGGAUGCUGAACCGUUGAAACUGAAACCUGAUCGGACGUUUAAAAAGCCGCGGCGCAGAGUUCAUUAUAUAUGCCAUGUUUGUACGACUCAGUACAAUGACGGCGCGAAUAAUUGUGGGAAGUGUGGACAGGCGAAAUGUGCAGAGACUAUACGAAUUCCACCGAAGAAAAUCAAAGGAGAACCGGACCCUGAAGUCCUACGGCGGGUCGAAGAAAGAAUAGCAGGCUUGAACUUAGAGUGAUGAGCACCUUUGUACAGAGGAACCGCGCAGUGCUUUUUUCAGUUGUUCUGUUCCUGUUUCUUGUUCCUGU